CUCGACACAGUUCCGCUUCUGGUCCUUCUCACCCGAACAACUCGCCGCUCAACGCCGAAAGACGCAUGACCUCGCCCUCGCCCGCGCCCAGCAAUAUCUCGGCGGACAGCAGAAUGGCGGGACGACAGCGGGAGCAGAGGCAGCGGCAGCGACAUGUCUCACCGAGGACGAAGAGCUGCGACUGGUGCAAAAGUACUGCGAUGUGCUGCGGGUGACGGGCGUGCACAUCCAGUGGCAGGCGCACAUCUACACGACGGCCAUUCAAUACUUCAAGCGCUUCUACCUCAACAACAGCUGUAUGACCUAUCCGCCCAAGGAAAUCUACAAGACGGUCAUGUUCCUCGCCAGCAAGACCGAAGCCACGCACAUCACGCUGUCCAAGUUCUCUCGAUCCAUUAGCGCCGACCCCGAAGCGGUUCUGGCGCCCGAGUACAAGGUCAUGCAGGCUCUGCGCUUCAUGCUCGAUGUGCGUCAGCCAUACAGAGGGCUCAAAGGCGCCCUGAUGGAGCUGCUGAACAUGGCCGAGGGACGGGUCGACUCGGUGGUGCAAACGCAGAUGAGCGGAUCGGAAGCACAGCAGGGCAUGUUGAGGCUCAAGGGACCAGAGUCGGCCAAUAGAACGCAGUGGACCAUGGUGAAGACCACAGAUGGCCAGAUACAGCAGAAGCAGUUGGUGGAGAGAAUCCAGCUGGCGUGGCAAGCAGCGAAGAACUUGCUGGAUGUGGAGGCCCUACUCACCGAUGUCUAUUUUCUCUACACGCCUUCACAGAUUCUGUUUGCCGCACUUCACGUGGCCGACACGCCACUGCUCACCUACUUUCUGGACGCCAAGUUGCCUCUGCAAUUACCGACGCGCCCCCGAAUCUUGGCUGCCAUUGAAAGCUGCUCAGUGAUGCUGGCUUCUUACGACCCCAAGAGUAACAUUUCCAAAGAUGAGCGCGCCGCACUGGAGAAGAAGCUCGAAGGUUGUCGAGAUCCCACUACGAGAGAUCUCGUCAAGGCAGCUGCUGUCGCAAAGCGCAACGGAGCCGAAGAGGGCGCCAUAGACGACGCCAAGGCCAACAAGAUCAAGGCGGAGCGUGCGAAGAACGACAAAGACAUGGACGGACUGUUCGGUCCAAGUUUGGGCGGUCCAGGCUGAUGAUGGUGAAUUGGUGAUGAUGAUGCUCAUGCUGACGAUACAGAAUGCACCGUCCGAUCUGAUCCAGAUCGGCAUGCAAGUACAAAAGCAUAACGCAGCAGACAGAGCCUGUGCCUGUGAGCGCUCGAUAAAGGAUGAGAUGAGCUCACUUCACGUCCUUCCGAUAGGAGGUGUGCAGAAGAUGAUGAACCCUCUCUGGGCGUAUUUUUUGGUAGGUGUCAGCCGCGAACCAUCAGCGCUGUGUGCUGCAGAAACACGGGCAUGAUGCACAGUACAGGUGGAGCAUCAAUGCUGAUCAUGUGCUGGAUUCAUGUCUUCUCAAUGGCCAAAUCCGCGCGCAACGCCAUUGGCAUGCACGCGACACCCCUCAUGCCAGUCGAGCAUCGAGAACGGUGACCAAUGGCAACCUCCGCUCGACUGAGACGAUAUUGCAAGAUGUAGCGGACUCGCACGCCCCAUGUCUCAGACGUCCCAGCCGUCCGACCGCGUGCCGCGUCCUCAUAGAUACAAUGGUAUAUCGAUCUGGUAUCAACAUUACACAAUUCGUUAUUGUUAAUUCUACGUCUGCAAUAACCAACAGUAUAGACAAUCGAUAUGGCUAUUCUAACCUCGCUCCCUCCCAGUUCCAGGCUGAGUGGCGGUACGAGCAGACGACAUUCCGAUCCAAGCAAAGGUGCCUAUCAACCUGUCGCACGAGAUGGCAAAUCGCGUGCCUCGUCCUCAGCUGGAUCCUCGCCUGGAGAUGUCGCGAAUGCCUCACAUCGCGAAGCAGCCAUAGUCCUCCCGUCAGUCCCAGAAGACACUCCCAUGCUCCCCAAAGACAACAUCAGUCCAGACACAGAAGAAGGUCCAUCCUCCUCCUUAGACCCCAGCAACAGCCACGAUGAAACUUUCCAGAAACAAAAACAACAACAGCAACUAGACGUUCCCCAUCGCUCCUCCCGACGCGACUCCAAACGUCUCUCAUGGAUCCCCAACUGGACCUUCGCGGGCUCGGCCCCCGUCACUCCACCCACCUCCCCCAACCCAGACCGCCCCGACAAUAGCCGCACUUCUAGCAUGGACAGUUACCAACAAUCCGCAACUCGCAUGUCCCGCUUCCGAAACAGUAUCUCUACCCUCUCCGAAGUCGUUCUCCGCGACACCGAACCCACCCACGAAAGCAAUUUCCCCGCCAAUCCCAGUUUUCCCGACGACUUUGCAGGUCAGAAGCUCAUUUUGCACGUCUAUGGAACUCUAGAUGCCAUUCAUCAAACUCCCAAUGAAGAAAACAUGAGACUACAAACUCCUCGAGGGUUCAAACACGCAGACCUCUCCACUUCCCCUACUUCCCCUACUUCCCCCUCCUUCUCUUCCUCGCCUCCCUCCUCAUCCUCUGCAGGGCACCAAGCAAACAGCGCACUACUGUUAUACAUCCUUCCCCUCCUCCACGACGGCGACUUGCUCGUUCAACCCUUCGUGGAACGCCAUACUUCUACCGCAGGCGGAGGAGGAGGAGCUCCUCGCCAUUCGGGAAAAGAUUCCAACAUGGCAACCGUGAUUCGCGGCGCAAUUCAGGAUUGCGUCUUCAAAUGUUUUGUUGUGGGAGUGUUUCCGUUGGAGGUGUUUUUCAGCGAAGAAAAGGAGAGGGUGGAACGUGAGCAGUGGGAAACGUAUGAAUUGGAUGUGGAAUUGUAUGAUUCGAGCGUGGCUGUUGCUGGGAAUGAGGAGAGAUGAAGGAUGAAAGCUGAAGCAUGGAGGGAAGAGAGGAGGGAAGGAGCAGGCGGAGGGGGAGAAGGAGUUUUACCUUAUUAUCUAUCUCUCGUAUGUAUCUACAUGUAGGCGUUUCUAGUAUAUGUACAUGUAGUUUAUAAUGAGCACAGGAAUUCAACAUCAGAUGACGAG